AUGGGCCCCGCCUUGGCUAUAGCGGAUGUGACUACAGAGGACGGUGACGUCACGCGCUGGCGAGUCACGUACCGCGUGUGGGACGCUGGUGACUACAGUGUCCUCGUCCAAUCAGAGUGCGACACUCUGGACUUUGCGUCUGACUACUUGCGUCGGGUCCGUAAAAAAAAAUCGCAUGUCAUGGCCGAAUGGGUUCUCACUGUCCUCCCUCCCACCAAACCAUCCACCGAACCAGCUCUCCAACCAUCUACUGAGCCUGCUACAGAACCAUCCACCAAAUCAGUUACCAACCAAUCCACUGAACCAGCUACCGAACUAGAACCAGCUUCUACCACAGAGUCCCAACCCAGCAACAGAUCCUCCCUCGAUGCAACGUAUGGUCCAGAUUCGCAGUGCGACCAUGCCAUCCACGGCCGGUGGCUGUUCAACGCACAGAAGCGGGCCUACAAGUGGCAAUUCUACCCAUGCGCGCAUCCCCUCCCCCCCACCUCUCAGUGGCUCUCCGCCCUCCAAUCCCGGGGUAUUUCCGAGAUUAACUUUGUCGGGGAUUCUCAUGUGCGCUUCCUCUGCCACCACCUCUUCUUCCUCCUCACCGGCAAGGCCAAUGCGUCGGCUGUCAAGCUCCAUGAAUAUCACCAGUUGGUCGUGCCGCCCCCUAGCCCAGAAUUGCAGCCUCUGACGCUCAACUUUUAUUGGAUCGGAGGGAUUUACAUCGACGGGCCUUUUGGCUGCAGCUAUAAGAAUGUAACGUCAUUUGAACAGCUCACGUUUCCAAACAUUUCCACGACAGCCAGUGUGACGCUUGUAGACGGUGCCCCUCUCGCUUCUCACUUCUUUCCUGUUAUCUCCGCGCCUCUCCUCAUGGCGACGGCGGGCAUGCGCGUGCUGGUGCUGGCGGCGCUGGCGGUGGGGCUGCUGGCGGCGGCGGUGAGUGGAGCGCGGGACGCCAUGAAGGUCGCCAGGGGCCUCGUCCCAUCGGACGGGGGCGCGCCUAGCGGGGCGGGGGCGGCGGGGCAGCAGAGGAAGGGCGCGCGCAUUCUGGCGGCUGAGACCUUCGCUCACAACGCCCCUCUGCCUGGCUACCUCGACCAUAUCCCCCGCCGCCAGGCCCUUGCCACCUCAUGUGGGCGCACGACGGUGACGAUCCGCUCGCAGUACCUGGGGCCGUACGACCUGCACAACGACAUCUACAACAUGACCUUCUACAACGGCUGCGCCUACAACGUCACCAGCCCGCUGCGCGUGUGGCAGUGCUUCAACUUCGGCAACGUGUGGGAGGGCAUCCUUGACAACCCCGAUCCCAACCCCUCGCAGUACCAGCAAGGUGAAAUCUUCGUGCAGACGACGCCGGGGUACUGUGAGAUGCGCAUGAACCGCGGUGCUAGCGGCACUCUGCAGAUGCUCCCCGGGGAGACGGUCAACAUUGUGUAUGCGUACUUGUGGGACUUCCGGCCCUGCGUGCAGGAGCUGCGCUUUGGCAACGGCAACAGCUACUCCAUGACCAACACCACCGAGUGCCAGCUCGCCCAAACCAUUUAG